CAUCUUCAGCUUUCUCUUGACUUAAAGGAGACGCAACAAAGAGCGAUAAUCAGCCAUCUCCGUUGGCUCUGCUAACAGCGUGUUUUACUAUAGCUUUAAGAACCUAAAAUAGGGUCUGGGUCUUUAAAAUGAAUUUGCACAGUUAUUACAGAAAUGAUUGACUAAGUUUUCAAUUUAAACGACUUGACUUUUUGCAUGGAAUUUGCAAAAGCGUCCAUAUAAACAUGUUUGACAAUCGGAACAAGGCCGUUAGCCACCAAACAUUUUUCAUAUUUUGUACCUCCCGUUUAUUUCAAGCUGUAUGUUAACUCGUUGAGAAUUACAAACUCGUCUAACAGCCUGAGACAACAACAUCUGCGGUGAUGGAGCCGCAAACCUCCAACAACAAUGAGAAGGUGGAGGUGGAGAGUGAGACGGCCGUGGAAAAAUCCGCGGAGCAGAGUACGGCAUCCACCCCGCGCAGGGCGGUGAGAGGACGAGGAGAUGGAUGCUUGAACGUCGAAGUGACUUUGCCCGAAACAAACGGAGCUACGACGAGCGCGGCGGGAUCCGGACGCGUUUUACGGGACAGGUCGACGCGAGCGCUCCCUUCGUGGAGGCAGAGCGAUCUAGCGGAGGACCAGACUGAAGUGAUUCGCGAUGCAGCGGCCAACCGCCGGAGGAAAGCGAUCUGCCCGCGGCGCAGUAGAAGCGCCGCUACGGGUUCAUCGGACGCUGACUUGGAUCAGCCAGUUGAGUGUGAAGAAACCAAGGAUGGGCUUGUCAUUCGAGCAGCCCGAGGUAGACGGGCGCAGGUGCGUUCAGGUGCGCGCACCUGUCGGGGGUCGCCAAAACCAGUGUUCAAAGUUGAACCAGGAACAGACAGUGAUUGUGUGGAGGGCAUUACACCGACUGAGAAAUCAGAAACAAGUGUGGAGAAAAAGGAAGAUGAGAGCGGGGAUGAUGAUGAUCUAAUAGAAGAGGAAGAUCCUCCAUAUGUAGAUGACCCAAAAGAUCAAAACUAUUUGCCUCACUCACAAAGUAGCGAGGAAGAGGAAGAAGCGGUUGUCAGCAGCGAUGAAGAUGUCCCUUUUAGAGAUGACCUGACUGAUCAGAGCUUUGAUCCUAAGGAUCUAGUAAAGCGCAAACCCCAUACUAGACAGGAGAGAAAAGAGAAGACGGUCAUAAAGGAGACUGAGGAAGAAGAAGAGCAAGAUACAGAGAUCAAAACUGAGGGAGGAGAGAGCACAGAUGAGAAGACUGGUGCUGAACUUGGGGACGUUUCUGAGCCACCCAGGAAGAGAGGACGGAGAAGGAAAGAUGACAAAAGUCCACGUCUUCCAAAGAGAAGGAAAAAGCCUCCAGUCCAGUACGUUCGUUGUGAAAUGGAGGGAUGUGGUACAGUUCUGGCCCACCCACGCUACUUGCAGCAUCACAUCAAAUAUCAACAUAUGAUGAAGAAGAAGUACGUCUGCCCUCACCCCUCAUGUGGAAGACUCUUCCGGCUGCAGAAACAACUACUGCGCCACGCAAAACACCAUACAGAUCAGAGAGACUACAUUUGUGAGUUCUGUGCUCGCGCCUUCAAGAGCUCUCACAAUCUGGCUGUGCAUCGAAUGAUACACACUGGAGAGAAACCACUGCAGUGUGAAAUCUGCGGUUUUACUUGCCGUCAGAAGGCCUCCCUUAACUGGCACAUGAAGAAGCACGAUGCAGAUGCGACGUACCAGUUCUCCUGCAGCAUCUGCGGCAAGAAGUUCGAGAAAAAGGACAGUGUGGUGGCUCACAAAGCCAAAAGCCACCAGGUGCUCAUCGCAGAGGCACUGGCAGCCAAUGCUGGAUCCCUCAUCACCACUCCUGGAGGAGUCACCACACUGCUGGAAACCUCUACGGGCUCUGCGCAGGUAGAGCAGGCAGUCCCUGAAACCCAGGGCAGCUCUGUAGUGCAAACGGCUCAGACGGGCCCCGUGAUGGUUUUGGAUCAAGAUACCACACUUCACACCAUGCAGGUACCCGUGACCAUGGGUUUGUCGUCGACAGAGGAGAACGCCGCUACCUCUCAGCAGACCUCGGCCCAAUCUCUUCAGAUGCCGCUGCAGUUCGUCACCGCACCCGUCUCUCAGCAACAGCAUCAAAUUCAGCAGCUUCAGCCCUCCACGCCCAUCACCCAGCAGGCUACUUUGGUCCAGCAGUCCUACAACACUCAGCCUCAGAUCGUCCACAUGACCUUCAGAGCUCUUCCUCAACAGCUCCCUAUGUUUUCUGUUCCUCAGCAGCUUCCUCUUCAGACCACCCAACCGCAACAGACCCAAGCCAUCAGCAGACCCUCUAACCUUGCUGUUAAUACCUCGCUCCACGCCCAAACCCAGCCUGAGACUUCCUCCGACUGCAGGAGCGGUAUGGGAUUCGGCACUAAUCCUCCCUCCGCUUCUCCUCAGCCUUCCGCCGGCCUUCCGGAGGCGAGACAAGUCAUGUGGGAAGGAGAUGGAAUCAGUGAGAAUGGAAAUGGGGGCGGGGCUUGGGAGGCAGGUGGGGAAGGGGAGGCACAAAACAUGACGGACAGUUUAGAUGGGCAGAUACAGCGCGUAAUGAUAUAGCGAAUGAAGUUGGUGGUGUAACAAUGAUACAUGCCCUAAAGUUAAAUAUACAGUAAUAAAUAUAUUGUAUGUAAUCACAUUAACUUUGGUAGAUUUUUAGAAAUAUGUAUGUUUCAGGGAGGAUGUGUUUGAGUUGUCAUUUUGUUUAUUUUGUAUAUAAACAGUUAUAGUUCCCUCCAACAAACACAUAUUUUUGUGUGCGCGUGUGUGUAGGGGCUGGCACAGACUUUGUGAAGCUGUUUGCGCAGGAUUUGUUUGUGUGUAUGUAGAACAGAUGCACAUAUGGCCGUUGUGCUAUAUAAGUGUGUACUUUAGAAUCGAACAUGAGACACAUUUAUAGGAGCAUUAAUUCUUCAUUGCAAAUGCACUUUGUAGGCGUUUUAACACAAUAACGUGUUCUGCUCUGAAUGGCCCCCAAUUAAUCCAUCCAUCCCUGUUUUAUUUUAGUGUCUGUUACUUUUGUGUAAUCAUAUGGUUAUAGCGGCUACAGCAGAAAAACAGUUAAGCAAUAAGCUGUAAUGACACAUUAAGUGAUGUAGGUCAACUCGACAACGCUAGGUUUUAAACAGUUAAGCAAACAGUCAUUCUGCUGCUUUUAUCACAUAUUUAAGUCAUUAAGCAACAAACAUGUAUUUAAAAUUAAUGUCCCGGAUUGUACAAUUAGAUUUAAAAAAAAUUAUACAUGCAACUGUUUCUCAUAUCACACAUGUAAAAGAUUUUUCACAUUUGUGUUCCACAAAGUUAAGUUACUAAGAUGCAGUACUAUAAAUAUUAUUUCUGAAGGAUCUCACUUA